AUGGACGACCGCCUCAAACCCGCCGCCAUCUACAUCCAGGGCCUGCCGACGAGCAUCGGCAACAUUCAGGUCGAGGACAUCUGCAAGAAGGCGGGCAAGAUAAAAAAAAUCAAGGUUUACAGAGACGCGGGCGGUGUCCCGAAGGGCGACGCGCUCGUGGUCUUCGAGGCCAAGCGCGACCGCGACGUCGCCGCGGACGCCGUCGCUAUGCUAGAUGAUAUGGACGUCGACCAGGGCGGCCUCGGCUGCUACACCAUCUCCGUGAGCGAGGCGCAGUUCUCGCAGCCGCGGCGCGCGCCCAAGCCCAAGGAGGAGGCGCCGCGGUCGCAGCGCGAGCUCGCCGCGGCGGCGGCCAAGGCCUGGGGCAAGGAGCUGCCGCCCACGGACGUCGUCCAGGCCGGCGACUACAGCGCGCCCGCGGACUGCCCCAAGGCCCUCGUCGCGAACGUCUUCGACGCCACAAAGACGACGGAACGGGACGCGUCCAUCGAGACGGAGUUCGGCCGCGAGUGCCAGCGCUUCGGCCGCGUCCUCGACGCGGAGUGUGUGCUGCGCGGCCCGGACGCGGGCGCUUUAUUGAUCUCGUUCACGGCCGUCGACGCCGCGCGCAAGUGCUGCGUCGCCAUGCACGGCCGCACCUUCGACGGCCGCGGCCUGCGCUGCGAGCUCUGGCCCACGGGCGCGCGGCCCGCGCGGCGCGACCCCUCGCCGUCGCCCUCCGUCUCCUCGCGGCGCGUCGACCCGUCGCCGUCGCCCGCGCGCGAGGUCGAGGUCGUCUCGGCGCCGCCGCGGCCGAGCUCCGAGGGCCGGUCGGGCGCCGCGUUCUCCGUCCAGGAGCUCGCCUACAUCGACCGCGUCGCGAAGGCGGCGCCGCGGCCGCCGGCGGAGACGCAGGAACGCGGCCGCCGCGCCGGCGUCGGACCGCCGGCGCAGGCGCAGGAGCGCGCCCGCCGCGCCGGCGUCGGGCCGCCGGCGGAGGCGCCGCCGCGGCAGCGCCGCGGCUUCUCGGCGACGCCACCUGCGGCGCCGGCGGGCCGCGGCCGCGGCGUGGACAACCGGCCCGCCUGGAUGACCAGCGGCGGCGCCACGCCCGCGCCUGUGGCGCCGCCGCCCGCGCCGCCGCCGGCCGCGGCGCCCUCGGGCCGGGGGCGCGGCGUCGACAACCGCCCCGCGUGGAUGACGAGGCCCGACCGCCCGGGCGCGCCGCCGCCGCGCACGGGCGAGCCGCCGAAGGCCUACGUCGAGCCGCCGGCCUCGGCACCGACGCGGCGCGUGCGCGAGGCCGCGCCGGCUCAGACCCGCGGCGGACCGAUGAGCAUCCAGGGCUUCAUCAAGGCCACGGGCCACGCGGCGCCCGGCGACGCCGGUGGCGCGCCGGAGCCGAAGCGCGCGAAACGCAACGGCCGCCGGGGCGCGGCCGACUUUUUCGAUUAAGGAACGUUGUUGUUUUAACCAUACAAAUCUUACCACUUCUCGGGCACGAGCGCGCUGCUCUCGUCCUGCUUCGCCUCGGCCACGCCGAGGUGGGCCAGGUCGUCGAACGUGU